ACGAAAAUACAUCAAAAAAAUAUGUUAUUGCACAAGUAUUAUAAGUAAAACAAAGCAAGCUAUAUUAUAAACUAUUCCGUACUGUUUUCACUAAAGAGUUUUAAAGGAAGCACAGCGGAGAUGAAAACAAAAGGCUACGAAUAAAUAUACAAAAUAAAAAAUUUUGUGCCUCUGUGGACUGGUAUUGUAUAAAAAAAGACUCCAAACGUUGAACAAAAAAGUUUAAUGAAAAAUUGAAAAUGGCGUUCCAAAUGUUGAGCUCCUUUUUACCCCACAUAAAUAGAAUUUUUUUACAUAAAUUUAUAAAAUAGUAUAUAAUAAAAAGUGUGAUAUUUUUAACUACAUACAACAUAGAGUUUAAUAAAGUAGAAAAUUAAGAAAUUUUAAGUGCGAUAUUAAGUGGUACAUGUGUAUGAUUAUUGUACUCUUGAAUGGGGAUGAAAUGUUUAUCGAACAGGGAAAGCAUAUUAUAUGAAAAACAAUUAAAAAUUUAAUAAAUUUGCCAUACUAAAUCCUAAUAUUUAUAAAACUGCUUAGAAAAUGCCCAGCGCUUCAUUUACAUCGUCGCGCUCCUAUGUGCGCCGUUCCAGACGAAAAGGUGCCAAUCGUAUUGCAUUACCAAAUCGCCCUACAGGUAAUAUAAUGGAUCCAAUGUUGCAAAAUAUACCUGCCUCUGGUGCAGCCUCUAGUUCUAGUUCGACACUACAAAAUAAUAAUCCAGCAAAUUCAAACAAUGCAUGUGUUGCAUCUUCAACCAUGGUGUCGUGCUCUUCAUCUAUAGUUCCAAAUUCUUCAUUAGUUGCGGUAUCAACUCCAUCGAAUUCAGUGUUAACAAACUCAACAGGAGCAGGUUCAGUGUCGUCUGAGUUAUUUAAUGCAUCAACGAGGACUUGCUCACAAUCGUCAAGUGAAAUUGGAGUCCUAUGUAACUUUGGAUCCUCAUCAAGUAGUAGCAGUAUUGGUUUAUCAGUUUCGAACCAAAAUAAUAUUCCUAGUAUAUCGAAUUUUAAUUCUUCCGUUUCGAAUUUUGCAAAUUCGCAAAUAAUUGAUUCCGAUGCUGGUAGCAGUAGUAGUUGUACAGGUUUAUCAAAUGUUAAUUCAACUGGUAAUGUUACCAUGAUUUCAAACAAUGGAGUUUGUAAUUCAUCAACAUCUUCCGCUGCUUCAAUAGGAUUUUGCCAUCAAUCUCCGUAUGAUUUGCGACGUAAAAUACCUGCCACUAACCAUGAGCAAUGGUGCAAUUCAAAUACAACUGCAUCAUCAAGUUGCUCCAAUGCUUUAUCACAUACAGGAAUUUUAACAGGUACUUGCAGCACAAUAUCAUCUUCCAUCUGUACUUCACCGCCUACGAUAAAUGUUACAUCAACAUCCUCUGCUUCGGCAUCGUCAUCCUCAGCAAUAGUACAUGCUCCUUCCACUAGUGCUACAUUUCCUGUUAAUAAUGCUCACACAACUGGUGCACCUCUAGCUCCACCACCAACUGUUCAUAGUUCUGUACCCCAGCAACAUUGUAGUGCUUUACCAAUAGGUGGAGCUGCAGCCAUAGAAGAUAACAAUUUUAUGUUGCCUGCGCGUAAACGUUCCCGAAGGUUAUAUGCACAAAGUGCAGAUAUCGCAAAUGUUACAAUAGGCACAAGUAACUGUACUCAAGUGGGUCCAACAGCAGCACAAUAUCUACAAUAUGAAAUGCCAGAUGAGGUGCUUUUGGUAAUAUUUUCAUAUCUAAUGGAGCAGGAUUUAUGUCGAUUAUCACUGGUCUGCAAACGUUUUAAUACAAUAGCAAACGAUACUGAGUUAUGGAAACGUUUGUAUCAAUCAGUAUUUGAAUAUGAUAUGCCUCUAUUUAAUCCAGAACUAUGUAAAUUUGUAUUUGAGAAACCUGAAGAAAUUGAAUAUACUAAUCCAUGGAAGGAGAGUUUUAGGCAGCUUUAUAGAGGCGUUCAUGUACGUCCUGGUUAUCAGGAUAAAAAAUAUUCAGGACGUAAUAUUGUGUUUUUUAACACAAUUCAAGCAGCUCUGGAUUAUCCAGAAGAACGCGCUGCUGCUGCAGCUGCAGCAGUUACACCAGGAGGAGGUGUAACAGCGGGUCUUUCUAAUCCUACAGGUAGUGCGAGCGUGAAUGCGUUAGCUAAUUUAUAUGAAGACAAUGUGCCACCGAAUGAGCACCCAGGACCAUUAAUUUUCCUGCACACUGGUCAUUAUAAAGGAGAAUACCUUUUUAUUGAUUCCGAUGUAGCACUUAUUGGUGCUGCCCCGGGUAAUGUUGCAGAAUCCGUUAUUCUGGAACGUGAAGCCGGUUCCACAGUUAUGUUUGUAGAAGGUGCUAAAUAUGCCUAUGUUGGAUACCUAACACUGAAGUUCUCUCCUGAUGUAACAUCUACUGUGUCACAUCACAAACAUUACUGUUUGGAUAUUGGAGAAAAUUGCUCACCUACGGUAGAUAAUUGCAUAAUCCGCAGUUCUUCAGUGGUAGGAGCGGCUGUAUGUGUCGGUGGUGUAAAUGCGAAUCCUGUUAUAAGGAAUUGUGACAUAAGCGACUGUGAAAAUGUAGGAUUAUACGUAACUGAUUAUGCUCAGGGCACUUAUGAACACAAUGAAAUUAGUCGAAAUGCAUUGGCAGGUAUUUGGGUUAAAAAUUAUGCCAGUCCAAUAAUGAGAGAAAAUCAUAUCCAUCACGGUCGUGAUGUGGGUAUUUUUACAUUUGAAAAUGGAAUGGGAUAUUUUGAAAAGAAUGAUAUACAUAACAACAGAAUAGCCGGCUUUGAAGUGAAAGCUGGCGCAAAUCCUACUGUUGUUAAGUGUGAAAUACAUCAUGGACAAACUGGUGGCAUAUAUGUACAUGAAAAUGGAUUGGGCCAAUUUAUUGAAAAUCGAAUUCAUUCAAAUAAUUUUGCAGGCGUAUGGAUCACAUCAAAUAGUAAUCCAACUAUACGAAAAAAUGAAAUUUAUAACGGUCAUCAAGGUGGUGUAUAUAUAUUUGGCGAGGGACGAGGAUUAAUAGAACAUAACAAUAUAUAUGGGAAUGCUUUGGCUGGUAUACAAAUACGAACAAAUAGUGAUCCGAUCGUUAGGCAUAAUAAAAUACAUCAUGGGCAACACGGUGGAAUAUAUGUACAUGAAAAAGGUCAAGGUUUAAUUGAAGAGAAUGAAGUAUAUUCGAAUACGCUAGCCGGCGUAUGGAUAACAACUGGAAGCACCCCUGUAUUAAGAAGAAAUCGAAUUCAUUCUGGUAAACAGGUAAUUAUAUGUGAUUAAG